GGCCCACUUCCGCCCGGCUCCGCCAUGGCGGCGGCGGUGCGGCGCGCUGCGCAUGUGCGGGGCUCCAUGGCGAGACGAGGGGCCGAGCGCGCACAGGGCUGAGUCCCCGCCGGGCUCUGAGUGCCGCAGCACCGUCUGCCACCGCCUCUGAUGCGCGGCCGAGCGGAGCGAUGAAGGGACAGCAGAAAGCAGCCGAGACGGAAGAGGGAACGGUGCAAAUCCAGGAAGUGGCCACAGGAGAGGAUCCCACCAGUGUCGCCAUCGCCAGCAUUCAGUCCGCCGCCACCUUCCCCGACCCCAAUAUCAAAUAUGUCUUCCGCACAGAGAACGGCGGCACGCAGGUGAUGUAUAGGGUGAUCCAAGUGGCGGACGGACAGCUGGACGGACAGACGGAAGGCACCAGCGCCAUCAGCGGCUACCCCGCCGCGCAGUCCAUGACACAGGCCGUCAUCCAGGGCGCCUUCACCAGCGACGAUGCGGUGGAGACGGAGGCGACGGCCACUGAGACCCACUACACCUAUUUCCCCACCGCGGCCGUGGCCGACAGCAGCACAUCCGCCGGCGCCGGGACCACCGCCACCGCUGUCGUCACCACGCAGAACUCAGAGGCGCUGCUGGGGCAGCCCACCCCCACCGGGCAAUUCUUCGUGAUGAUGUCCCCCCAGGAGGUCCUGCAGGGUGGGACGCAGCGCUCCAUCGCCCCCCGUGCCCACCCCUACUCCCCGAAAGCAGAGGCGCCGCGGGCGACCCGGGAUGAGAAGCGUCGGGCACAGCACAACGAAGUGGAGCGCCGGCGCCGGGACAAAAUCAACAACUGGAUUGUGCAGCUCUCCAAGAUUAUCCCCGACUGCUCCAUGGAGAACACCAAGUCGGGGCAGAGCAAAGGGGGGAUCCUCUCCAAAGCCUGCGACUACAUCCAGGAGCUGCGGCAGAGCAACCAUCGCCUCUCCGAGGAGCUGCAGGGCCUGGACCAGCUCCAGAUGGACAACGAGGUCUUACGGCAGCAGGUGGAGGAGCUGAAGAGCAAGAACCUGAUCCUCCGGGCGCAGCUCCGCCAGCACGGCGUGGAGAUCGUCAUCAAGAACGAGAGCCACUGACCCUGGGGACGGGGACCCCCCCCCCCCCCCCACAUCCCCUCCUCCCUCUCACCCCACCCAGCCCCGGGGUGACACGAGGAGCCCCCCAGCCCCGUUGGUUUGUGUCCCCACGUUCCCGCGCUUCCUGCACACGCUCUCGGCCAGGCGACCCCACUGCCCCAGCACUGCCUCGGCCCCCCCCACCCCCCUCCCCAGCCCACCCCUCCGCUGUCACCCCUUUGGGUGUCGACCCCACCCCCUCCCCCAGGGUGUCACACCUCCCUCCAUUGUCAUCCCCAUUCCCCAGGGUGUCACCCCCCCCAUUGUCACCCCAGGGUGUCACCCCCCCCCCCAUUGUCACCCCAGGGUGUCACCCGCCCCACGAUGUCACCCCCCCCCCCCCCCUUCCUCAGGGUGUCACCCCCCAUUCCCCAUGGUGUCACCCCCUCCCAGGGGGCAGUGGUGGCUCUUUGUCCCCCACUGGGGUGCAGGGUGGUCCCCCCCCCUCUCCCCCCUGCCCCCCUCUCCCCCCUCCCCCCCUCCCCCCCCCCCCCCCCCCCCCCCCCCCCACUCCGGUGGGCCAUGACUUUUUUUUUUUUUAAAAACUCUCUGAAUUUCAAAAGGAAAAAAAAAAAAAAAAGCAAAAAGAAAUAAAAAUAGUGAUUUGUUUUUCCAGGACCU